UGAUGGGAACACAACUGUCAAAGUGGCAAUCAAACAGAGAAGGGUUCACAAAAUAUUAGCAAAUUAAGUUCCCAUUCUUCUAAGAACAGUCAUCUAAUUGAAGAAAGAAAAGAAGAAUAAAACAGAGCACGUGCAUGCAUAUUUAGCAAUAGCAGUAGCAGUGUAGUGGUUUACGUUACUGCUCCAGGAUGAUGUGAAGGCCUGAUGAAGGAUUUGCAUUUGAAGGACCUGAAAAUAAUUCGAGGAGGGGUUUUGGUGGUUCUGCUUCAGGUAACAUUAGGUUGAGCAGAAACAAAAUGGAUAAAGAGCCAGAUGUCAGCAGACACAGGACAAGCAAUAGAGUGGCAAUGUUCCAUGAUUGUGUAGUGGAGCGCAAGGAUCCAGACUUCGAUAGAUGCUAUGACAGAUACAUGAAAAUAUAUGAUCCUGGCUUUGGAUUUAGUGCAGGCUCAUACCCUGUGCAACCGCUAUUUUCACCUGCAGUGAACUAUAAUACAGAAUUUCACAACUUGGUGCAGGCCAUAGGCCUCAAAUUUGCAUUGAUUAGACUCACUGGUCUGUUCCUGAACAAAUACAUGGACAUGGGCUUGUACAAUCACCGCGUUCUCCAAUUGGCUAUGGUCCCCCAGACGCUAUGAUCACAUCAUUUAAUCCAACUCGUGCUGGCUCUCAUCCUGCGUCACCAAUAUAUAUGCAUCCAUCCCAAUACUCUCUCCCAUUGCGCCCUGGUAUUUCCUUUGUCCAUCCACAUGAACAUGUUCAUAUUUUUGCACGGGUAGGUGCAUAUGUUGUUGCUUGGUUUAAAUCUUAAACUAGCAAUGUCUAAUAGCUCCUCUAUUGAGGAGCAUCUCCGAUCUAAGCGAUGGAGACUUAGACAUGGAGGAGAUGGAGAUGGAGAUGGAGAUGGAGAUAAAGAUGAAGAAUUUGGAAGGGAAAUGGUGCUAUUUAUAGCCUUCUCCAAGUGAUAAUAUAGUGCUAAUUGUCAUAGUACUUUUUUGCUGAUGUUUGUUCCAAACAGUUAUAU